GGAUGCUUUACACAACACGUGCAAAUUGUUUACAAACUGAAAAUGAAAUAACUGCAUAAAACUUAAACAUAUUGACAACAAUAAUUAUUUGAUGUGUAGAACUGGUGUAAUGGCUGCAGAGGAAUGUAAUCCUCAAUCACAGUGUGAACAAGAUAAUCAGUUUUUUAAGAGUAUUCUGGAUUUAAUACCACCGAUUGUAUAUUUUAAUACUGACACCAAACAGAAAAUAAUUGAUGAGUCUGAGGCAUUUGAAAGUGAAGGUAAAACUAAAAGAAAUAGAAAGAAGGGUCCUAGUGGUGAUGUAUUUCAAACUAAAACAGUCUCACAAAUACAGGAAACAUUAGACAAACUAGAAAAAGAUGGUGGAAAACGAAAGACCAAGAAACGGAAAGCUGAAAAAAAUCAGCAGGAAUUCCAAAAUUCAAUUUCCAAUAUAGGAAUGUUACAGAAAAGGUUACAUGAAAAGUUGGAUACAAUGAAAGGUAAUCGUAAGUCUAUUACACCAGAAGAGAGAAAAGCAAGAAGACAAAUUAAACAACAAGAAAAGAAGUUACGGAGAAAAAUGAAAAAUAAUGUAAAAAAGACAUUAGGAAAUGUUCAGCCACAUGGUGGGGUGCGAAUAGGUUCACCAACACAAACUGCCAAACCUGUUUAUGACAAAGAAGGCAAAAUUGUCUUCAGUAAAUUUGAUUUCUCACAAACUAACAAAAAACAAAAAUCGAAAACGGGGCUUGUGGGGAAAGAUUAUAAAAAACUUUUAGAAAAACUGGAACGAAAGAAAAGUGAAUUUGAGAAAUUGCGUGAAAAGGAUGCCAAGGCAGCUAAUGAAUUGGAGGCGAAAGAUAAAUGGAAUACAGCCAUGAGUAAGGCUGAAGGUGAAAAAGUUAAAGACAAUCCACAAUUACUUAAAAAUGCUAUUAAAAGGAAAGAGAAAAACAAGGAAAAACACAAAAAGAAGUGGGAUGAUAGGCAAAAGACUGUAGAAGUUAAAAAGCAAGCUAAACAAGACAAACGUGAGCGUAAUUUAGACAAACGAAAACAAGGCAAGAAAGACAAAAAGAAAAAGAAAAUGAUUAAGAAGGGAAGAAUUAUUCCUGGCUUUUAAUAAAAUUGUAAAUAUGAAAAAAUAAAAUUAAAUUGCACUCUU